CUGAGGGGAGGUGGGGCUGCCGUGCGUGCUGUGGGUUGGAGGAGCGGCCGAUAUGGUUCCCUCCCGGAGUCUUGUGGGUCCCCUGGCAGUCCUGGUGCUGUUGCUUUGGGGGGCUUCCUGCACCCACGGGCGGCGGAGCGACGUGCGCGUCAUCACGGAUGAGAACUGGAGAGAGUUGCUGGAAGGAGAGUGGAUGAUAGAAUUUUACGCUCCGUGGUGUCCUGCUUGUCAAAAUCUUCAACCAGAAUGGGAAAGUUUUGCUGAAUGGGGAGAAGAUCUGGAGGUUAAAGUUGCAAAAGUAGAUGUCACAGAGCAGCCAGGACUGAGUGGACGGUUUAUCAUAACUGCUCUUCCUACUAUUUAUCAUUGUAAAGAUGGUGAAUUUAGGCGCUAUCAGGGUCCAAGGAUUAAGAAGGACUUCAUAAACUUUGUGAGUGAAAAAGAGUGGAAGAGUAUUGAACCUGUUUCAUCAUGGUUUGGUCCAGGUUCUAUUCUGAUGAGUAGUAUGUCAGCACUCUUUCAGCUAUCUAUGUGGAUCAGGACUUACCAUAGCUAUUUUACUGAAGACCUUGGAUUACCGGUUUGGGGAUCAUAUACAGUUUUUGCUUUAGCAACUCUACUUUCAGGACUGUUCUUAGGACUUUGUAUGAUAUUUGUGGCAGAUUGCCUUUGCCCUUCAAAAAGGCGCAGACCACAGCCAUGUCCUUCAAAAAAAUUAUUACCAGAAUCUUCUCAACCUUUGAAAAGAGUGGAGGAGGAACAAGAGGCCAAUGAAGAUGUUUUAGAAGAGGAAGCCAAAAGCAAAGAAGGAACAAACAAAGACUUUCCACAGAACGCCGUACGACAACGCUCUGUGGGUCCAUCAUUAGCUGCAGAUAAAUCCUAGUUAAUUUUCAUAGAUACCUGAAUGUUACGAUUUUGGCAAAAACAGAAGAUUGGUCAUCUCUUUUAGUUUGAGGUAAACCGUGACUUGCUUGUAUAUUGCAGGAUUCAGUCUAGAUUAUUGUUAUAUUGAACAGUCUGUGUUCAGAAAAAUAACAGCACAGGGUAUAAAAGUUUGAAAAAUGAUUUUAAGAACAGCGUGGUGGUUUGAAAAAUUCUUUAAUGUUUGAAAAAUGUGGUGCCAAGCAAUAAGAUUUGUGUAUAUUUGUUUAAUAAUAACCUGUUUCAAAUCUGAGUUGAAAAAUUACAUUUCUGAAGUAUUGCAUCAUUGGGGUAUUUAAGAUAAGAUAACUUUAGAGAAAAAGAUUUCUCAUUAAAUAUAAUUUUUCUCAGUUUCACUGUGUGAAAAAAAGAACGUAUUUCCCAUAAAUGGGAACUUUGCCCAUUGUCUCAAGAAAUGUGUAUUUCAAUGACAGCUCUGUGGUCUUUUUAGAGAUAUAGUCCAAAAUUUCCUCAUAUUUUUAGAUUAUGCAACUAACGAAAACUACCUUACUUUUAAUUACAGUUUUCUACAUAUGAUAAUACGGGAUAUGCUACUGAUAUAGUAAGUUUUUAUAAGUCCAUGUUGGUCUCUUCAUUCCUAUAAAGGCUGAUUGCCUUUUUUUCUUAUUUG